AUGGAAGAGGAAGUCGCUGCUCUCGUUAUUGACAAUGGUUCGGGUAUGUGCAAGGCCGGUUUCGCCGGUGAUGACGCACCCCGAGCUGUGUUCCCUUCAAUUGUUGGUCGCCCGCGUCACCAUGGUAUCAUGAUUGGUAUGGGUCAAAAGGACUCGUACGUCGGUGAUGAAGCACAGUCCAAGCGUGGUAUCCUCACCUUGAGAUACCCCAUCGAGCACGGUGUCGUCACCAACUGGGAUGACAUGGAGAAGAUCUGGCACCACACCUUCUACAACGAAUUGCGUGUUGCUCCUGAGGAGCACCCCGUUCUUUUGACCGAAGCUCCCAUCAACCCCAAGUCCAACCGAGAGAAGAUGACCCAGAUCGUCUUCGAGACUUUCAAUGCUCCUGCCUUCUAUGUCUCCAUCCAGGCCGUUCUGUCCUUGUACGCUUCCGGUCGUACCACUGGUAUCGUUUUGGACUCUGGUGAUGGUGUCACCCACGUUGUCCCUAUCUACGAGGGUUUCGCCCUCCCCCACGCCAUUUCCCGUGUUGACAUGGCUGGACGUGACUUGACCGACUACCUCAUGAAGAUCCUUGCUGAGCGCGGUUACUCUUUCUCCACCACCGCUGAGCGUGAAAUUGUCCGUGAUAUCAAGGAGAAGCUUUGCUACGUCGCCCUCGACUUCGAGCAAGAAAUCCAAACCGCCUCCCAGAGCUCCAGCUUGGAGAAGUCUUACGAGCUGCCCGAUGGUCAGGUCAUCACCAUUGGCAACGAGCGAUUCCGUGCUCCUGAGGCUCUCUUCCAGCCUAGCGUUAUCGGUCUGGAAAGCGGUGGUAUUCAUGUCACCACCUACAACUCCAUCAUCAAGUGCGAUGUCGACGUUCGUAAGGAUCUGUACGGAAACAUUGUCAUGUCUGGUGGUACUACCAUGUACCCAGGUAUCUCCGACCGUAUGCAGAAGGAAAUCACCGCCCUUGCUCCAUCCUCCAUGAAGAUUAAGAUCAUUGCUCCUCCUGAGCGUAAAUACUCUGUCUGGAUCGGUGGUUCUAUUCUUGCUUCUCUCUCAACCUUCCAACAAAUGUGGGUCUCCAAGCAGGAGUACGACGAGAGCGGUCCUUCCAUUGUCCACCGCAAGUGUUUCUAA